CCGCCAGCCUCCGCGGCUGCAGCCUCCGAAGGGAGGCCGGGGGAGCCGGCGUGCGCACUUUCCCGCGGACUUUCGGAGUGUUUGUGGAUUUACAUGCCAAGCCAUCAAGAUGAUGUCCAUGAACAGCAAGCAGCCUCACUUUGCCAUGCAUCCCACCCUCCCUGAGCACAAGUACCCGUCGCUGCACUCCAGCUCCGAGGCCAUCCGGCGGGCCUGCCUGCCCACGCCGCCGCUGCAGAGCAACCUCUUCGCCAGCCUAGACGAAACGCUGCUGGCGCGGGCCGAGGCGCUGGCGGCGGUGGACAUCGCCGUGUCCCAGGGCAAGAGCCACCCGUUCAAGCCGGACGCCACGUACCACACGAUGAACAGCGUGCCAUGCACGUCCACGUCCACCGUGCCGCUGGCGCAUCACCACCACCACCACCAUCACCACCAGGCGCUCGAGCCCGGUGACCUGCUGGACCACAUCUCGUCGCCCUCGCUCGCGCUCAUGGCCGGCGCGGGCGGCGCGGGCGCGGCGGGCGGCGGCGGCGGCGCCCACGACGGCCCGGGGGGCGGCGGCGGCCCGGGGGGCGGCGGCGGCCCAGGCGGUGGCGGCCCCGGGGGCGGCGGCGGCCCGGGCGGCGGCGGCCCGGGGGGCGGUGGUGGGGGCCCGGGCGGCGGGCUGCUGGGCGGCUCGGCGCAUCCUCAUCCGCACAUGCACGGCCUGGGCCACCUGUCGCACCCGGCGGCGGCGGCCGCCAUGAACAUGCCGUCGGGGCUGCCGCACCCCGGGCUGGUGGCGGCAGCGGCGCACCACGGCGCGGCGGCGGCGGCGGCUGCGGCGGCGGCGGCCGGGCAGGUGGCGGCGGCGUCGGCGGCGGCGGCCGUGGUGGGCGCGGCGGGCCUGGCGUCCAUCUGCGACUCGGACACGGACCCGCGCGAGCUCGAGGCGUUCGCCGAGCGCUUCAAGCAGCGGCGCAUCAAGCUGGGUGUGACGCAGGCCGACGUGGGCUCGGCGCUGGCCAACCUCAAGAUCCCGGGCGUGGGCUCGCUCAGCCAGAGCACCAUCUGCAGGUUCGAGUCGCUCACGCUCUCGCACAACAACAUGAUCGCGCUCAAGCCCAUCCUGCAGGCGUGGCUGGAGGAAGCCGAGGGCGCACAGCGCGAGAAAAUGAACAAGCCCGAGCUCUUCAACGGUGGCGAGAAGAAGCGCAAGCGGACUUCCAUCGCCGCGCCCGAGAAGCGCUCGCUCGAGGCCUACUUCGCCGUACAGCCCCGGCCCUCGUCCGAGAAGAUCGCCGCCAUCGCCGAGAAACUGGACCUCAAAAAGAACGUGGUGCGGGUGUGGUUUUGCAACCAGAGACAGAAGCAGAAGCGGAUGAAAUUCUCCGCCACUUACUGA